GUUCCAAUCGAAAUGACUCAGAAAUCAGUAUUGAUCACUGGAUGUAGUGAGGGCGGUAUUGGCCAUGCACUCGCUGUCGAGUAUCAAAAGCGUGGACUCAAAGUCUUCGCCACAGCCCGAAAUCCAUCAAAGAUAGGGGAUCUAACGUCGCUGCCCAACGUAAUCGCUAUUGCUCUCGAUGUCACAGACCCAUCGUCCAUCGCUGCCGCUGCUAAGACUGUUGAUGCGGAAACAGGCGGGAAGCUCGAUAUACUCGUCAACAAUGCUGGAGUGAUGUACCACAUGCCAGUUCUUGACAUGGACAUUGCAAAAGCGAAGCAACUGUACGAGGUCAAUGUGUGGGGAGUCAUCAGCACAACUCAAGCGUUUGCGGAUAUGCUCGUGAAAGCAAAGGGAGUUGUUGCCAACAUAGGAAGCAUCGCGGGACUUUCUCCUCUUCCUUUGCAGGCUGCAUACAACUCUUCGAAAUCGGCCAUCAACAACACCUCCGAAGUCCUUCGACUUGAGCUCGCACCUCUGGGUGUGCGAGUCCUGACUGUCCUCACCGGGGGCGUGACUUCGGAGAUCGAAAAUAAUGCUGAGAAAGUUGUCCUCCCAGAAAAUUCGUACUAUCGCUCAAUCGAAAAAGAUAUACAGCCCUCGUCGAACUGGACGGGGCUUCCAGCAGACAAAUAUGCAGAAUGGCUCACAGACAAAACUCUGGAUGGGAAAAGCACUGGCCAAAUUUGGAAAGGAGAAAGCACAGGUUUAGUGCGAUGGGUUGGACCAUUUCUGCCCCAAUGGCUGUUUGAUUACCUACUUAUUGCGCACACCAAAGGUUUUGGAAAGAUGCAACCUUUGUAGAUUGUGGCUUUACCCGAACUCCGUGAUGUUCUUCACA